AGUCCCCGCCUCACCAGGUUCUCUUCUCCCGCGUCUGGUAUAAAGCGGCUGUGACCCAGCGGAAGUAAUUCUUCCGGCUGCCCCGGAACCCACGGGGGCAGGGAGCUGGGGGUGGGGGGGCAGCCCUCGACUAGGGGCUGUGGCGGUACGCGGCGACCCGGCUGCGGUGGCUGCGGCGCUGACGAGAAGCUACUAAAGUUCCCGGGGAAGCAAAGUAGAAUUUCCUAAGAACAUAAUGGAUGGCGAGGAGAAGACCUAUGGUGGCUGUGAAGGCCCUGAUGCAAUGUAUGUCAAAUUGAUAUCUUCGGAUGGUCAUGAAUUUAUUGUAAAAAGAGAACAUGCGUUAACAUCAGGAACAAUAAAAGCCAUGUUGAGUGGCCCAGGUCAGUUUGCUGAGAACGAAACCAAUGAGGUCAAUUUUAGAGAGAUCCCUUCACAUGUGCUAUCAAAAGUAUGCAUGUAUUUUACCUACAAGGUUCGGUACACUAACAGCUCCACGGAGAUUCCUGAAUUCCCAAUUGCACCUGAAAUUGCACUGGAACUUCUGAUGGCUGCGAACUUCCUAGAUUGUUAAAUAAAAUAAAUUAUAAUAAACUGUUAAUUUUUUCAGUAUUUAA